UUCGUCGUUUGGUCAGCACAUUUAUUGUUAAUUGGAUUAGGCGAAGAGGGAAAUGAAAACAAAAUAAAUUAGUUGAUAGAAAAAUUCACUUUUGCGUGGAAAGUUGAAUUGUCGACUAUGGAUUACAGCAAAAUUUUUAUUUUACUCGCCCUUCUUGUCGGCCUCAUUUCUAUGCUAUGGUUUGUCAUAGCGGCCUUGAUGGAGGAACGUGUUCCGACCCUACAUCCAGGCGAAUAUAUUUUUGAUUAUGUGGUAGUUGGGGCUGGAACAUGUGGAUCUGUAGUCGCAUCGAUAUUGGCCAAGCAUAGCAAUGCGACAAUUUUAUUGGUAGAAGCUGGCGAGAAAUUUGGCAUUCUAAGUAAAGUUCCUCUACUGGCCACAUUUCAACAAAAGGGUAUCAAUGAUUGGGGAUUUCUUUCCACUUCCCAGCUACACUCAUCGAAGGGCCUCGAAGAUGCGCGUCAAUGUUUACCUCGUGGCAAAGGGCUCGGGGGAUCUGCUCAGCUGAAUUAUAUGCUUCACUUCGAUGGCUACGAAGGUGAUUUUGAAAGGUGGUCUAAUGAAUUGAAUUUAAAGAGUUGGAAUUGGUCUUCAGUGAAGCCUUUCUUGAAGGCUGGUACGGCUAGACCAUUCGAACGUCUGGACAUUAAACCAGAUUAUUCGCUGUUGGCAAAAGCUUUCAAUGAUGCCUCUGUGGAAUUUAUUGACAAGCCAUGGCAAUUCCGCAAGGCCCAGUAUAACAUAAAAAAUGGCUUAAGAUUCAGUGUGUAUCAACGUUUUCUACAAUCAGCCUACAAGCAAAAGAAUCUGAGAGUGAUGCUCAAUACUUAUGCCAAGUCAAUUCAAUUUGCACUGAAUCAAGAUACACAGAAAAAUGUAUACGCCAAAUCACUGUGGCUAUCAACAAAGGACGACAAAUCGGGAAAGGAAUAUAAUUUCGAGAUUAGAAUUGGGCGUGAAAUAAUAGUUUGUGCAGGUGCUUACCAAACUCCUCAACUCUUGAUGGUAUCGGGGCUGGGUAGGCACAGCGAAUUAGAAAAGAUAAUUGGAAAUGUGCCAUCCUUCUUGUCCGAAGUGCCUUUCGUUGGCCAGCAUUUGCACGAUCAUUUGAAUUUGCCAUUGUACGUAUCAAUAGAUGUGGUGGGACCAACAUUAAAUCAGCGGUCAUUGCUGAGCCCAUUGUCAAUACUGAACUAUUUGACGACAGGUGGUGGCCAUAUGGGAAAUUUCGGCGUUUUGGGACAUAUGGAGAAUUUCGGGCGCAAUCUUAGUGAUACCUAUGGCCUUACAUUCUUUGGAGCCGGUGCUAUCGAUGAGUCUGUCCUGAUGUCUAUAUCGAAUUUCAAAAAAUCACAUUUCAGAGCACUGUUCCCCCGCUACUAUAAUACGUCACAGGAAGGCUUCGUUAUGAUAUCGACGUGUUUGCAGCCUGCUUCCAGGGGAAAUGUGAAAAUACAAAGUGCAAAUGUCAAAAAACACCCAUUAAUUGAUCCAAACUAUAUGGCGGAGAAGGUGGAUGUGGAAUGCACAAUAAAGGCUAUUCGAGCGGGCAUAGAGGUGGUAACGUCAGAUGCUUUCUCUUCACUGGACAUAAAAAUCCAUUGGCCACGCAUCAAAGAGUGCAUCGGAUUGUUGGGAAAUAAUUUAAAACAAAAUCAGCCCACAGACGAGUAUUUGGAGUGCCUUAUUAGACAUGUUGGUUUGGGAUCUCAUCAUCCGGGGGGCACCUGUAAAAUGGGAACCACUAUUGACAAUAGUGUUGUGAAUGAACAAUUCAAAGUUCAUGGUUUCGAUAAAAUUCGUAUAAUUGAUGCCAGUGUGUUGCCAACGCCUGUUUCGGGAAAUCCAAAUUCCAUAUUGGUCGGCAUGGCUUUGAGAGGAGCGGCAAUGGUAUUAAAAGACCAUUUGAAUGAUGCUGAAGACAAAUAAAAUGCAUUGCACUAGGCUCCAGGAGAUAAAUAACAUUUUUUGAAAUACUGGAAAUAGAUGAUAUGGUGUAUAAUAAAAACUGGUUCCGCCAGCAACAUAGUUUGACCUUGAAUUAUAUAAACUGUGGAAUCGUGUUUACAUUGUUUUAG